AUGAUGUCUAGACCUCAAUUGACCUUGCAACUUCCGUGGGUAGAGAAAUAUCGUCCUGAGAAGUUGAAGGAUAUAGUUGGUAAUGAGGAAACCGUCGAAAGAUUGGAGCAAAUUGCAAAAGAUGGUAAUAUGCCCCAUAUGAUUAUAUCAGGCCUUCCUGGUAUUGGUAAGACUACGUCGGUUCAUUGUCUUGCGCAUGAACUUUUGGGGAAAUCGUAUUCGCAGGCAGUGUUGGAACUCAAUGCUUCUGAUGACAGAGGUAUUGACGUUGUGAGAAAUCAGAUCAAGCAUUUCGCACAAAAGAAGUGCCACUUGCCACCGGGAAAGCACAAGAUUAUUAUCCUUGAUGAAGCUGAUUCGAUGACAGCUGGUGCUCAGCAGGCUUUAAGGAGAACCAUGGAACUAUAUUCCAACACCACACGAUUCGCGUUUGCCUGCAAUCAGAGCAAUAAGAUCAUUGAACCUUUGCAAAGUAGAUGCGCAAUCUUACGAUACUCCAAACUAUCCGAUGAACAGGUCUUGAAGAGACUUAUGGAGAUCAUAAAGGCUGAAAAUGUGUCUUUUACAAAUGAUGGACUGGAAGCUAUCAUCUUUACCGCAGAGGGAGAUAUGAGACAGGCUAUUAAUAAUUUACAAAGUACCGUGGCUGGUCAUGGUCUAGUUAGUGGUGACAACGUCUUUAAGAUUGUAGACUCACCGCAUCCUUUGAUUGUCAAGAAAAUGUUACUUGCAGAUACACUGGAAGAAUCUAUAUCACAUUUGAAGAACGAUCUUUGGGAUAAAGGAUACUCUGCUGUCGAUAUUGUCACGACUUCCUUUCGUGUUACUAAGUCAUUGUAUCAAGUGAAAGAAGCUCAGAGAUUGGAGAUGAUCAAAGAGAUAGGUAUAACACACAUGAGAAUACUCGAAGGUGUGGGUACCUAUUUGCAGCUGGCGAGCUUAUUAGCCAGAAUACAUAGACUAAGAUAA